AUGCGUUCAACAAUUUUCACCGUGACACUAAGUCUGCUAAUAACUUGGUCUUGUGAACAGCAGCAGGAGCAACAACAGCAGGUGCAAGAGCAGGAGCCACUAAAACAUCAUAAUUUAUCAAUUAUGCUAAAAGCCAUUGACGCGGAUAUGCCAUUAUCUUUGCAACAUUCUAUUGCCGCUUGUUACAGUAUAAUACGUGAGUAUUUUGUACCAAGUACAGGCAGUUUCAUGGUCAGCACAUAUGUACAGGGAUUGAAUUUAAAAAAACAUUUAAAGGAUUUUUUGAAUAAUGUUUUACUUAAUUUAACCAUGAUAAAAGUGGAAAUUGAAAGUAAAAGUUCUGAAGUACGUCACCUAACAUUGAAUCGUAAAUACAAUCUAAUUGUAGUGGAUGACUUCGAAUCCUUGAGACUAUUAGAUCCGGCCAAUUUUACCAGAAAUUAUGAUAUACAGGAAUAUUAUCUGGUGUAUUUAAUGCAUGGCUCAAGAUUUGCCAAUCUUUUCAACGUUCUCAAUCAAAUGUUGGCAUAUUUCUGGCAAAAUUCCAUUAUAAAUGUAUCACUGAUGACAGCUAGCAAAAAUUCUGUUGUAGACGUAUAUACCUACUUUCCCUUUGAUAACUAUUUAAGCUGUAAGAUGCCUUUGUUGAAGCAAAUUAAUUACUAUAAUGGCGCCUGGUCAAAUCCCAUCAGUGUAACUAUAUUUCCUCUAAAGACUACCAAUUUACAAAGCUGUCCUCUAGUCGUGGCCGUAUGGAAUACCCCACCAUAUUUCAGCUAUUCGAAAAGUGCUGAUGGCUUUUAUAAAAUUGAUUAUUUUGAGGGAGAAUUACUGGAAGUUUUGACAGAAAAACUGAAUUUUACUUUGAAUUUGCAAGAGCCGCCUAAUAAUGAGCAGAGAGGAAAGGUUUUAUCAGACGGCACUAUUACUGGAGCAAUGAAAAUGCUUCAUGAUCAUACAGCCGACCUUAGUUUGGGUUCAUUUCGUUACACCCUGGAACGUUCCAAUGUAUUAACAGCAGCAUUGCCGUACUAUCAAACUUAUCAGGUUUAUAGUGUCCUCACAACAACACAACUUUAUACACCCUUGGAAAUAUUGGUGUAUCCCUUCGAUAAAGUAACCUGGAUUUGUUUAUUUUUAAGUGUUCAAUUGGGUUUCAUCAUAGCCUUUAUCGUAGAUUUCUUUUAUGAUAAAUAUCUUCUGCUAAAAAUAGCAAUAGGAUGUCCACGCAUAAGAACGCCUUCCAUGAAUAUUAUUCGUUUAUUUAUGGGUCAGUCCUUAAUACAAAUUCCCGAACCUCAUUUUUCACGUUUUAUGAUUAUUUCGUGGCAUUUUUAUGGCCUUCUACUACGUACUGCUUAUCAGUCAUUAUUAUUUCAAUUACUCAAACUAAAUUUAUACCAUGAACCUCCUCAAACUCUAACAGAUCUUAUUAAUCAGCGAUGUAGUUUAGUUAUGACAGAGACUACGUACGAUUCAGUUUACACUGUGCCGCGCAUAGAAAAGGGUUUUAUUGAUGUAAUAAAACUUAAAAAUACUUCUGAACAAAGCUCGUAUUUCUAUCUUGAGUACGAUAAGCAAAUACGUUGCUUGGCUUCUGUUUCACCCAAAGAUUACGUAACAUAUCAUGCCAUUAAUGAACAAAAGAGGGGCCUUUUUUAUGUUUUACCCGAAACUAUUUUUACUCAACACAUAACAAUGUAUUUUUCAAAACACUCCUAUUUAAUACAUCGCAUUAAUGAUUUAUUUAUGAAUAUGCGCAGCAUGGGUCUUAUAGAUUUUUGGGCCCACAAAAGUUUGGAUACCGAGUAUUUGCGUAAUUUUCGGGAUAGCCAAUUUAAAUCCUUAAAUUUUGGUGACAUGGAGGGUAUUUUCAUUAUUUAUGGCGUUUUGAUUUUAAUAUGUAUUGUUGUAUUUAUCUUAGAGAUUAUAAUUUAUAAACUAAAAAUAUUAAUAUUUGGUGAACAAUAUGAAUUUCUUCUUUAA